AGCUCGGCCGUACGCACCUUAUCGCUCACAAGCAGGCGCGUAAUAACCGCGCCGCGCUAUCCAUGGUAUCUAAACACAAAACAAGCGAGAAGAGAGCCUCGGCAGAUGUAUUUGUGGCAGGUUGUUCUCCGGUGAUGCAGGUGGACGGCAGAGGACCGACGUCGUUCUGUUCCCAGAGAAGGCAAAAGGAUGACAUGUGAGCUCCUGAGCAGACUGUUGGCUCUUAGCGUGAUAUUUUGCGUCACGCAAGCAAGUUCCUCCGUCCAAGACGCACGAGAUUUCGAGGAGAAAGUGUCGAUUCUCCUGAAAGAAGAAGGAGAAAACCCCAAGUUUGCUGAAGGGAGGAAAGACUUCACGUGCUUCUGGGAGGAAGAUGAGGAGAGAGCUGGCUCUGUGGAUCAGUACUCCUUUACAUAUGCCUACCAGUAAAAUGAAAACAGCAGCAGGUGCCCGCUGAGCGCUGUUCCUGCAGCAGGUGGAAAAAUGCUGUUUGUCUGCCAUCUGAUCCGAAUUAAGAUGUUUGUCCAAAUGGACAUCCAAGUUCAUCGAGGAAUACUGAUCCACAAUCGCAGCCUUCUCAUCGAGCUCGUCUUUCUUCUGGACCCUCCUGCUAAUGUAACAGUGAGCAGCACAGGUCAGCAAGGUCUGCUGAAUGUCAGCUGGGUGCCACCUCCUCUGAAGUACAUGGACGACAGCAUGAUUUAUGAGGUCUUCUACGCUCUGGAUGACAGCCACUUCGGGCAGGUUGAAGUGGCCCGAGCAUGCUCAGAGUACAUCUUGAGAGGCCUGCAGUCAGGUAGAAGAUACAAGGUGCAAGUCCGUGUAAAACUGGAUGGGGUUAGCUACAAUGGCUACUGGAGUGCCUGGAGUGACCCGGUGUUCAUGGAAACUCUUCCUGCAGAAUUUGAUCCACUCAUCAUCUCCCUGACGCUCAUCAUCUCUUUCAUCUUCAUUGUGCUGUGUCUGGCUAUGCUCCUGUCCCAUCACAGGUUUCUUAUAAAGAAGAUUUGGCCAGUUAUUCCAACUCCUGACAGCAAAUUUCAAGGUCUUUUUACCAUUUAUGGUGGGAACUUUCAGGAGUGGUUAGGGCAGACCAAUGGAAGCUUGUGGUUGACGCCAGCGUUCAUCUACUCAGAAGAAUGCCCCUCUCCUCUGGAAGUACUCUCAGAACUCAGCCUAUGCCCCUCACUGCCCUCACCACCUUUGCCACCCAAGGCCUCUAGAGCUUUGAGUGCAGUCAGGAACGACGACAGGGACUUGCCAAAUGGACUUGAAGAGAGAGCGCUGUUGGACAGGGACAAAUCAGAUGGUGAGACAGGUGGGCAGAGAGCCACACUGCAUGACCACUGGUUAUUGGACCGCUUACGGCACUCCACCAGCACCCGGGUCCCUGGUUCCCAGUCUUCUCUGCUGGAGUCUCAAGACACCUACGUCAUCCUCAGUGCCAACAACAACGGUGAAGAUGAGCGUGUGGAUAGCAACCUUGAGGAAGGUUUGCCCCUUGAGGCUUUUUUUGCCUCCAGAAAGACAGCAUCAUGUGAAUCGCACUCUGACCUGGGAUCAGCGCCUCAAAGAUCAGGAUCAGGUUGCAUUUCUUCCCAGUCCAGCUUUGAAUAUCCAAACCAUGCCUGGAUGCCCAAAGGCCCUGGAUACACCUACAUGGCAGUUGCAGACUCUGUCUCUAUGGAUUAUAGCCCGAUGAGCAGAGUUGACGACAAUGGAAAAGUGGCUAUCUACGCCAAUGAGUACAAGAACGCAAUCCCUUCUCACAGGAAACCCUCUGCGAGGCAGUACCCUGUCCACGAUGAUGGCUGAGAGGGAGCUGAACUGUUUAAGGCAGGCUCGGGUAAAGGGAAUGUGGAUAUUCACCCAAAGGCUACAUCGCUUCCCAUCAACUGUUAGGAACGUAACUGGGGAGCUGACUGAUCUCAGAGUGUAAGCUGAAGGACUAAGGGAGUGAAUUCAAUGAGGAAUUUUGUAAAACUUUAUAUUAAGGCACACAUAUUCACCAUUAAGUUCUGAUUAGCAUGCAUACUGGUUAUUCAUCAUUAUAUAGCACUUAUUAAUGCUUCAUUCUGCACCAUAUUCUACAAAUACAAGUAAUUCUUAGACCUAGAGAUUGGUUGGCAAUCACCAGUCGCUAGAGAAAAAUGUGUAAUCCUUUACGGUUGGUGAGUGGAGGGGCCCUUCCACACUAAAAAGCCUGUAGGUUGAUUAAUGUGCAUAGGUUCCAUUCCCACUCGGUGGAAGAAGUACAGUAGUACUCUAUCUCCUUUAUUAAUGGAUAACAUAUUUUGUUAUCAUAUUAUGCUUAAGGCUUAGAAUAACUAUACUGCUUAAACAUGUAUAAUUUUCAGCUGACAGCGCGUGUCCAUUUAAACUGCACAGAAAAAAAUAACUUGCUCUUUGUUCUGUAUUUUAGUUAAAGUCGAAUUGUCAAUAUUUCAUGCUUCCAGUGCAGCAUAACAGAAUUUUAGGUGAACAAAACAGCGGGAGUUGGCCUCUGGAUUGCAUGUCUUGUCAAGAGGAACGCGACUUUCACAUUUCUUAGCUUACUUAUAUGAUUGUCAUUUGUAGGAUCAAACGUCAAGAUUUAAGUGUCUGCAGUCUUUAAUAAAUUGUGUUGUUUUCCACA